GAGAGCUCACACACACACACACACAGAGACGAGGGUAGAGAGAAGACACAGUUUGCACUCUGACGAGCUACGAGGACCAUCCGCACUGGCAGAAGGAAGAAGAGACAGACUAAAACACACACACACACAUGCGCAUGUGUUGUGCACACACACACACACACUCUCGCACGCGCUCACAUCUGAUCUGCGCAGCAGAGGGGAGCACAUCAUCGGAGGGGAACACAUCAUCACGGGAGAGUGGAAGCGCUCAGUGCUCACUGCCACCACCACAGCCUGUGAGGAUCUACAUGCCUGUUACAGAGGGAAUCUAGGACUACGUCCACCGCUGAACCUGAACACACACACAUAGAGGAUAUCGACGCUGACCAGAAGAGGACCAUCCGUCACAUGAGGGUAUCAAGGACUUUUCACCUCUUAACCUGAACGCACACAGAGAGAGGACCUCAGUGCUGACCACAGGGAAUCUAAGGUGUCUUUUAAAACACACACAUGAACCUUUGGAUCGUUUGAUUAAUUGCUCUUUAUUCUGCUGAAGGGUAAACAGGCUUUUAUGUGAAUGUGAGUGUGUUAAUUGCAUGCGCUUAAGAGAAGUAGGCACGGGUGACUGAGUCUUGUUCAGUUUUCCUACGUGUGCGUGCGUGUGUGUACAUCCGUGUUUGUAAGAGUGGGUGGACAAGCCAUGCAACACUAGCUGCCCUGCAACUGUGGGAGUUCACACUAUACGGCAGAACUGUGAAAAGAAAACGUCUCUUGUUUCGCUGUACGUACAUCUGUCUGUGUGUGGGUGCAUGUGUGAGUGUGUGUGUGUGUGGCAGCAUAGCAGAGGUGUGUGUGUGUGUUUUCCCCCCUGUCUACCUCCACUAAUCACACCUGGAGGAGACUCCGCGUUAGCCGUCUGUGCCGAGUUGAGACUCGGACGCCUCGUAGACGAGUGUGUGUGUGUGUGAGCGUCGAGUGUGACCUGUAGUGCGGUGACGUGACAGAGCGUGACGAGGAUGAGCGAGAUGAAGAAGAGGGAGCUGGACAUGAGGGACAAGGCCAUCCUGCACCAGCAGCGGAGACUCAAACAGGCCACGCAGUUCACCCACAAGGACUCCGCCGACCUGCUGCCCCUGGACGGACUCAAGAGGCUCGGCACCUCCAAAGACCUGCAACCCCACAGCAUUGUGCAGAGGCGCCUGUUGGAGGGCAACAUCCCCCGUAUCCGUGCCGACGCCCUAGAUGCCGCGGCACGAGUUCGCUCCCCCCUCGCCGACAGCAAGGAGCCCGGCGGCGGAGGCAGCGGCGUCUCCACGGAGACGGAGGAGCGGAGCGAGAGCACGGCGGACGACUCCACCGAGGAACGCGAGUCGCCCGAGGAAAGCGAGAAGAGCCUGAGGUCCGAGGAAGAGGAGGAGGACGAAGAGGAGGAAGAGGAAGAUGAGGAGGACGAUGACCAGGAGAGGAGGAGAGGAAAGGCGGGGACACAGCAGACCAGGCCAGGGCGGAAAGGAGGAAGUGAGAAAACAGAGGAGAGAAAGAAGAAAGACGGGAUGGAGGAAAGAGAGACAUCCUGUCUGGCUGCUUUGGUUGUCCAGUGCAAGUGCCAUGAUGCUGAUGUGAAGGCGUCCAUAAACACUGGCUGUCAGCACAACCACAUCUCCCGCUCCUGCUGCAGACGGCUAGGGCUGAAGCCUACAGCAGAGGGUCCCGCAGCAGUGCAGGCAGAGGGUCAGCAGGUCCGUGUGCUGGAGGCCCCUGCAGCUGGGAGUGUGGUGGGGGGGCUGCAGCUACAGCUGGGAGGGGACAGAGUGCAGUGCUCCGCACAGGUCACAGACGAUGAGGCGUUUGAGCUGUGCCUGGGACUCCAGACUAUGCUGGAACUGAAAUGCUGUGUGGACCUAGACUCCAGGGUUCUCCGGCUCCAGGCCAGUGGAGAUGAGCUGCCUUUCCUGGACACCUCCGCCCACCACAGCCAGUGCCACCAUGACAACAACAAGAACCUGUGACAUCACUUCCUGUGACGUCACCCCAAACGUGGACCCCGCCUCCCUGUGUCUAGAGAGGAGAAGGAAGAAAACAUGGAGGAACAUUUCAUGUCUCUCUCUUUUCAUAUCUCUAUCACUUUUUUCUUCUGAUUCUCUCUCUUUCUCUCUCUCUCUCUCUCUCUAUCUCUCUCUUUCCAGCUCACACUGUUAGUGUUUGUUUUCUGUGCUUCUGCAUUCUGCAUUUGCCAUGAUUCUCUCCUGCACUUUUGUACUGCAGUUGCAUCGCUAAGUGAAAGGAGGUCCAGAGAGAUUAUAUACUAUUAUACUAUCUAUGUAUCAUUUCCUCAUGAACACAUAUUUCAGAUUAUUGUUUUUGAUCAAUAACUAAUGAGUCAUUGAAUAGUGUAGAGAAAUGAAAGGGGUAAAUCCAGUAAAUUGGGAUUGAAAUAGUGUGAAAUGAUCCCAGUGAUUGAUAAAUGAUGAUGAUUAUGAUGAUAAAUGAUGUGUAAUCUGUCUCGCUGGAAAGAACAGAUGAGGUAGUGGGAGUAGCUGUCAACUAGACCUUAGCUAUUGUACUAAACAAAAAAAAAUAUAUAAACACAAUGUGGAACAAUCGCAAAGAUUUUACUGAGUUGCAAUACAUCUCUGAAUUCAGUCCCUUUUUGCGCUAUGGAUACUGCCAGACUAUGGCAACAGUUUGGAAUUUAAGCUUAGAAUGGGUGAGAUUUAAUUUGGUGUCAGUUUUUGCGAAAGGUUGUUGAUAUUUGGAACAGCCAAGCAAAUUACACCCCUCUGUUCUGGGCCCCUAUAUCUUUGUGCUGAUUGGCUGGGAUCGUUUAAAGGCUUGGUCCGAGCCGCUCUGUCGUCCACUCAGACUAUGGACUGUGAAUGAACACACACACACUGAGCAGACAGCCAGACGACUGACCCUGAGGAGCAGUUAACUGGAUUUGACCACAAGUGUAUGGAAUUAUAAUCACUAACUGCUUGUUUAAGAUCUUAAAUGCAGUAGGGCUGUUAGCAGUUCAUGAGACCUGAACCACACAUGGUUCCCAGCGUACAGCAGACAGGGUCAAAUCUGGGGUCCAUGGCCAUGUGUGGCAGUUGUUCUGGCUGUUAUCUGAUGUUAUGAACAUUACCCCGACAUACAGCCAACUGCCCCGGGGUCACUGUGUGCUUGGUGCGUGAUCUGUUCGCUCAUUAAAGAGCUGCAGCUCUGACCGACUAGCGCAGGGACCGAUACGUACGUGAGCAGAUUUCAAGUCAUAGCCACUCUCUCCAAACUGCCUUGUCUCUCUCUUUCACUCUCUGUUUCUCCCUCUUUUCUCUCUCUUUCACUCUCUGUUUCUCCCUCUUUUCUCUCUCUUUCACUCUGUUUCUCUCCUUCCGUGUGCUUCAUAUUCAUGUCAUUUUUUCCAUGACAGCAUUUGUUCCCCUUUUCUUUCUUUUCUUCUUUCCUUUUUUCUUUGCUGUAUCUGCUUCCCAUUCUUUCUCCUUCUCUUCCUAAUCUCUCUCUUUCUUCCUCUCUUUCUAUUCUCUUCCUCUCUUCCUAAUCUCUAUCUCUCACUGUAUCUGCUCAAUUCUCUCAUAUUUCCCUCUUUUACCCCAUCUCCUGUUUUUGUUUCUCUCCGUCUCACCUACCCUCUCUCUCUCUUCCACAUACCUGCUCUCUCUCUCUCUCUCUCUCUCUCUCUCCCUCUCUCUCUCUCACCCUCUCUCUCAUUUGUUAGUGCAGCUGAGGGUUCCCUUGCUGACCUGAAUUAAAGACGAGGGCUCCUCCUCCUCUGUGUGCUGCAGGUUGUCUCACUUUGACCGCUUUGGUGCGUUUCUCAGAUCAGAGUCGAAAUUUUCAGAACUACUAGUUCAACCUCCACAUCACUGCUGUAUUAUCAACCAGUCGGGUCUUUCUUUGCUGUACGGCAAUAAAUUACAAUGUCUGGAAACAAAAUGGCAUUCACACAGAGCUGUUAAAGUAUAGACAUUGUUUACUGUAAUGCAAACGUUACUGAUGAUUUGAGAAAUGCACCAAAGUGACUAGAGUGAAAUGUUGGACAGACAGAGUGUCUGAUGAUUUGAGAAAUGCACCAAAGUGAUUAGAGUAAAUGUUGGACAGACAGACAGAGUGUCUGCACCGUGGUUGCGUAAUGCUCGAACAGCUGAACCUUAGCAUAAUUAUAAUAUGAUAAAAAACAUUCCAGUAUUGCAUGAUCGGUUGUUUUUCCUGUAGAUGUUAGGUUUCACUUACGUUGGUCAAAUUUGUAGGUUUUGUGUUUGUGUUUGUGUGUGUGUGUGUGUGUGUGUGUGUGUGUGUGUGUCUGUGUGUGUGUGUGUGUGUGUGUGUGUGUGUGUGUGUGUGAGAGUGUGCAGGUGUGUGUGUGUAAGAGAGAGACAGUGUGUCUGAUAAUGCUUUUAGUGACAGGAGAGUGCUUACUUGUUUUUUCUGCCGGGAGAGAAACACGAUCCCCAUAUCUUAUUAGCCCUUCAGCUAACCUCCCCACUACUCUCAUGACUCCAGCUGCCUUCUCCCUUCUAUUUCUGGGGCAUCUGAAUCACUCUAGCCCCAGGCCUCACUUUGUGCCAAGGCCUCAGUGGAGGUUGAUUUUCUCAGUAUUCCUUGGAGGUCACCAUCUCUCUCUCUCUCUCUCUCCCUCUGUACUUUACUUCUGCUUUACACAGCUACACUAAUCUAAAUUAAAAAUUGGAAACAUUUUGUGGUUUUAUUUUGUUGAUAGCUGAUCUUGGUCGCUGAACACACAAGCAACACACACAAAUAAAUAUGUGCACACAGACACAGACACACACACAAACACACACACACACACACACACACACACACACACACACACACACACACACAUGAUGGUGUGAAACGAUCAAGUGUCACUGAAAAGCGCCUAGCUUUAAUCCCUAAGCUGGUAGUCUGAUGCUGAGCUUCUGGUGUUGCUGAUUAUCUUAUACACACACUCACUCACACUCACACACACACACACACAUAUAGCGUGGGGGUGAGUAGUGUGGCUGAUCAAUGGGAGGACACAUGCAGUGUGAGCCUGUGUGAGGUUGCUAUGUCUCUUUGUCUCCAGGACAUAUCACCACGGCACCCAUCUGACCAGCUUCCUCACUGAAGGUCACCCCUGCAUUUAUUUGCUCCACCCCCCCCCCCCUUCUUCUUUACUCUACAGAUCUCUGUGCGCUCUGUAACGGCUUUGAAAAAUUAAUGUUUGAGACGAGUGGAUUUUUUUCCUGUGAUCUUUGAUUUGUUUCUUUUGUUUUUAGUUUUGUUUUCUGUUGAUCGUUUUUUGAUUUCUGAUCAGUAUUUUAAUCUGCCUAUUGAAAAAUUCAAAAUAAAAUCUGUAUUCUGGCUAUA